AUGCCGCUCAACAUCCUCAUCGUCGGCGCCAGUGUUGCGGGACCGACCGCAGCUAUGCUCCUUCAGGGGUCUGAUCCAAGUCACAACAUCAUUGUCGUUGAGAGGCAUCCCCAUUUCCGAGCGGCAGGACAGCAGGUCGAUCUCCGCACCAAGGUAUCCAUGUUCUGCGGAAGAUGGGUCUCUUCGACGUUGUCAAGUCGCACUGAGACGGGCCUCGAGGUUUUGGAUGCGGGCCCGCCGCGACCUACUUCAACGACCGAGGACGAGAGUAUGCGCGGCGACGUAGUGAAAGUGCUAUACGAGACUAGUCUCAAGCAGGACGCAAUAUUGAGACGGGAUGCCGGGAAAGGGGAAGGAGGGUUAACGUACGAAUUUGGCAAGACGGUCACGAAACUCACUCAGAACGACAACGACGAGAACAACAAGAACAGCAUAGACGUCACUUUCUCAGACGGCCGAAAAAAACGCCACGACCUCGUCAUCGCAGCCGACGGCCAAGGAUCUCGAACCCGCCGCCUCGCCUUCGGCCAGGAAACCAGCGACGCCGCUUUCAAAUCCCUCGGUGUCCACGCCACGUACUACAGCAUCCCGCGAGCUGAAGGCGAAGGCGAGAUGGCCAGGGCGUAUAGCGCGCCGGAGAGCAGGAUGGUCAUUACCCGGACCAGCGGGCGUCCCGUUACGCAGGUCUUGCUCUUUACCAUGAAGGACACGGUCGAAAAGCUGCUGGCGAAGUCACACAAGCAACCCAUCAAGAAGCAGAAGGAGGCGUUUUCCGAAGCCUUCAAGGACGUGGGGUGGCAGACUGAUCGGGUCUUGGCGGGUAUGCAGACGUGCGAUGACUUUAUGCGCAGGAGGUGGCGCAGAUUAGGAUGA